CGUUCCGAAACUCAUCCCAUUGUGUCCAUGAACGUCGUGACGUAGUGAACUAUCAAGUGCAUAGAAAAGUUAGUGAUCCCUUUAAAUACUGAAUUUUCUUACGUAAAUAAGAGAUAAUUAAAAAAUAUGGGUGGCCAUGGACAUGAACAUGAUUCCAUUAAAAUACCUAGUCCUGAUUCAUACAAGAUAGAAAACUUUCCAACGAUAGUAAAAUUUCAAGAACGUUUAGCGAAGGAAGGUUUAAAGGACCCAUGGUUAAGAAAUGAGGCCUGGCGUUAUCAUCCUAAAUAUAAAACAAAAGGACAACGUGCAAUGAUGCUUUGCUUUAGAGGUUGGAAGCUUGGUGUUCCAGCAUUCUUAAUAACUAUAGGAAUCGAAGAAUUUUUGAGAAUGGGUAAAAAAGAUGAACAUGGUCAUGAUAGUCAUCAUUAGUACAAUUAUAUGUACAAGACACGCAAGAAUAGUUAAAUCAUUAAGCAGUACUGCAAGUGUAGAAAGUCUAAGAAUAAAUGACUGUUUGGGUAACUAUUCAAUUUUGUUAAGAAUUAUUUCUCUCUUGAUUGUUAGCAUCGGCAAAUAAAAUGUUAUUUAUUUAAAAAAAAAAGCCAUGUAUAUAGUAUUAUAUACUUUAGUAAUUUAAUAUAGUAAAAAGAAAUGGAGUAUCUUUAUCUCUAAUUUAUACUAACAUAGUCACAUAUUUCUAUUAUAGUCUAUUAUUACAUUAAAAAUCUUUCAUCUAAUAAU